AUGGUCCUCACCUCCCUGCAAGGAGAGGUCAUCUCCACCCCUCUGGACCUCAGCCCCCUGCAAGGAGAGGUCAUCUUCACCCCUCUGGACCUCUCCACCUCCCUGGACCUCAGUCCCCUGCAUGGAGAGGUCAUCUCCAUCCCCUCAGAGAACACCAGCCUCAUCAACCAGAAGAAGAAGAUGGAGGCUGACAUCUCCCAGCUGCAGACAGAGGUGGAGGAGGCUGUCCAGGAGUGCAGGAACGCCGAGGAGAAGGCCAAGAAGGCCAUCACCGACGCGGCGAUGAUGGCAGAGGAGCUGAAGAAGGAGCAGGACACCAGCGCCCACCUGGAGAGGAUGAGGAAGAACAUGGAGCAGACCAUCAAGGACCUGCAGCUGCGGCUGGACGAGGCGGAGCAGCUGGCCCUCAAGGGGGGCAAGAAGCAGCUGCAGAAGCUGGAGGGCAGGGUGAGGGAGCUGGAGGCCGAGCUGGAGGCCGAGCAGAAGCGCAACGCCGAGAGCGUCAAGGGGCUGCGCAAGGCCGAGCGCAGGGUCAAGGAGCUCAGCUACCAGACGGAGGAGGACAAAAAGAACCUCCUGAGGCUGCAGGAGUUGGUGGACAAGCUGCAGAUGAAAGUCAAAGCCUACAAGCGGCAGGCGGAGGAGGCAGAGGAGCAGGCCAACACCAACCUGGCCAAGUUCCGGAAGGCUCAGCACGAGCUGGAUGAGGCCGAGGAGAGAGCUGACAUCGCCGAGUCCCAGGUCAACAAACUGCGAGCCAGGAGCAGAGACAUCGGCGCCAAGAAGCUUCACGAUGAAGAAUGA